AUGAAGACUCCGCGGUUCGAGUUGAUCGCUCCAGGUCUAGAAGUUCUACAUAACAAGGCAGCUUUUGCGGAGCGUCAGAAGUUUACCACCAUUCCUCGCGACGAGAAUUGGGGCAAGAAUAUCCCACCGGUGAUUGGUGGCCAAUUGAAAGGUGGCACCGAAAACUACCAUGGCAUCAACCCAUUCACAGAGGAAAAACUCUGGCCUGCUCCUAUAGCGACCGAGGAAGACCUUGAAGAGGCUGUGAAAGCGGCAAGUCUCGCUUUCCAGACAUGGCAGCACACAAGCGUGGAAGAACGACGGAGAAGAGUCAACGAUUUUUCCGAUGCCCUCGGGGCGCAGAAGGAUAUUUGGGUUCCUAUUAUCUCCAAGGAGACAGGUCAGCCAGUAGGUGGCGAGAAAUUCAACACCUGGAAAUCGAGCAUCCAAUUGAUUGCAGCCGUCUAG